AGGCUGCGCGGGGGGGGGGGGCGAGGCCGCCGUCUCCUCCUCCUCCUCCUCCUCCUCCUCCUCCUGCUCCUGUUCCUGCUCCUGCGGGGAGACCCGAGCUCUCUCCGACGCCCCAUCCCUCCCUCCCUCCGGGCUGCCGAUCGCCCGCGAUCGCCCUGUCGAAGAUGGGCCGCGCGCUGGGGGCGGCGCUCUGCGGGUAUCCGGAGGCGGCCCCCCUGCAGGACGCCGUGGGCGGCCUGCCGAAGGGGUUGCGGCGCCCCGCAGCGGGGGGCGCGCCGUCGUCCUUCUUCCUGGCGGGUAUGCUGGGCCGCCGGGUGAAGAACAUAGGCGUCGCGAAAGAGGGCAUCGAGCGCCAGAGCAACAGCCUGGGGUACUGGGGCCCCGAGCCGGCCACGACGGCGAGCGGCUGGGCGAGCAAGGCGUUCCGGGCCUCGCAGGCCGCCAAGGCGGCGCAGGCCGAGGCCGAGGGCGCCCUGAGGGAGGCGGAGCACCACCAGCAGAUCGCCGCCUCCUCGGCAGACCAGGCGAAGGCGGCGGCCCUCCAGAUGGAUCUGGCGGCGCGGAGCUCGGUCGGCAGUGCGCGGGAGCUGGGCCCAUACCUGAAGUUCUGCAGGCAGAUCGCCGAGUACCUGGGCGACCACCCGCAGAGGGCGGACGAGCCGGCCCUCCUGCGGCUGCGGCGGUUCUGCGGCGGCCUGGACGCGCACCUCGACCGCGCCAACCGGGCCGGCUCGCCCUCGGCGGCCCUCGAGCUGGGGUUCCGGAUGUACGCGCGGCCGCCGCAGCAGUACCCCGCGCAGCCCGUCUGGGGCCCGGCCGUGCCAGAGCUCCGGGCCCCGCUGGACGGGCCGGCGCCCAGGCUGGAGGUGCGGAGGAGGCCGCACCACUUCGCGGCGGAGCCCGAGGCCACGGCCCCGGGGCCCGGGCCGCUCCCCGCGAGGCCGCCCCCCGUGGGCGCGGCCGCGCCGCUGCCGGAGGCGGCCGCGCGCACAGCCGGCUCCGCCGCAGGCGGCCAGGCGGCCGCGCGCACCGCCGGCGCUGCGGCGAGCGGCGCCGCCGCGAGCGGCGCCGCCGCGCCCAGCGCAAGCGCGGGCGGCGCGGCGGCCGCGCACGCCUCCUUCCUCGGUGGUGCGGAGAUGAGGCUGCACCUCGGCACACCCUCCGUCGAGAUGCCCGUCUCACUUCGCGCGCUCGCGGCCGCCCUGCUCCUGGCAGUGAGCGCGAGCGGCGCUUCCCUGAGAAUGCUGAAGGAGAAGAAGGUGAGCAUCGCCAAAGCCCACGUCGCUGGCCGCGUUGUGGGCGAGAGCAGGGCUGCGGAGCACUUCUUUAAGGAGUGGGUGCGGGGUCUGCCCAGGAACAUGACCAAGGAGAAGCAGGAUGCCGUUGUUGCCACGCUGGAGGCCGAGGUGAGCAAGCUCGGCGAUAACGUUGCGCACAUCAAGGCUAUCCAGAAAAACGAGACGUCGCAGUUCCACAACAAGGACUCCCUGAAAAAGGCGCUGCCAGAGAAGGACCAGAAAAUGAUGGACAGCAUGGACGAGUGGAGCACGCGGAUGAACCAGAAGGCCAAGAUGGGUGCCAUGAAUGUGAUGUCCAAGCUGAAGAAUGCAAUACACUUGAUUAAGAAGGGCGCUCUCAGUGGCAACGACGAGGCAGCUGGGAAGCUUGAGGACGUGCUGAAGCAGAUGACGACCCUGUCGCGCUGA